AUGGCCGAUGUUGCAGCAGUAUCUCUUCUUUUUGAAGAUUUGUUCAAAAAAUUUAAUUCCGAAAUGAAAAAGAUUGCAGAUCAGGUGAUUCCUAAGCAAAGAGCCGCCCAGUUUGAUGUCGUGAAGCACAUGCGUCAGGACCAGAUCACCAAUGGCAUGGUGAACGCCAUUUCUACUGGAAACUGGUCUCUAAAAAGAUUUAAAAUGGACCGCCAGGGUGUGACUCAGGUGUUGUCUCGCUUGUCAUAUAUAUCUGCACUGGGCAUGAUGACAAGAAUCUCCUCCCAGUUUGAGAAAACAAGAAAAGUGAGUGGUCCUCGGUCCCUCCAGCCAUCGCAGUGGGGGAUGCUCUGUCCUUCGGACACUCCUGAAGGAGAGGCAUGUGGUUUGGUUAAAAACUUGGCCCUUAUGACGCACAUCACAACUGACAUGGAAGAUGGACCCAUUGUUAAAUUAGCCAGUAACCUGGGAGUAGAAGAUGUGAAUUUGUUGUGUGGGGAAGAGCUCUCUUACCCAAACGUGUUUCUCGUCUUCCUCAACGGUAACAUCUUGGGUGUCAUUCGAGACCAUAAGAAACUUGUGAACACGUUCCGACUGAUGAGAAGAGCGGGCUAUGUCAAUGAAUUUGUUUCCAUCUCAACAAAUCUUACAGAUCGAUGUGUCUAUAUCUCCUCUGAUGGAGGGAGGCUGUGCAGACCCUACAUAAUUGUUAAGAAACAGAAGCCUACAGUCACAAAUAAACAUAUGGAGGAGCUUGCUCAGGGAUACAGGAAUUUUGAAGAUUUCUUACACGAAAGUCUGGUUGAAUACUUAGAUGUGAAUGAAGAAAAUGAUUGUAACAUCGCACUCUAUGAACAUACAAUUAAUAAAGAUACCACCCACUUGGAGAUUGAACCCUUCACUCUGCUUGGCGUUUGUGCUGGCCUGAUCCCAUACCCGCAUCAUAACCAGUCGCCAAGAAACACUUACCAGUGUGCCAUGGGGAAACAAGCCAUGGGUACCAUUGGAUACAACCAGCGGAACAGAAUUGAUACGCUCAUGUACCUUCUCGCUUACCCACAAAAGCCCAUGGUUAAAACAAAGACCAUUGAGUUGAUAGAGUUUGAGAAAUUGCCAGCUGGACAGAAUGCUACCGUUGCCGUGAUGAGUUAUAGUGGCUAUGACAUUGAAGAUGCUCUUGUCUUAAACAAGGCCUCCUUGGACAGAGGCUUUGGGCGUUGCCUUGUAUAUAAAAAUGCAAAAUGCACAUUGAAAAGAUAUACCAAUCAGACUUUUGAUAAAGUGAUGGGGCCGAUGUUGGAUGCUGCCACGAGGAAACCCAUCUGGCGACAUGAAAUUUUAGAUGCGGAUGGUAUCUGUUCUCCAGGAGAGAAAGUGGAAAACAAACAAGUGCUUGUAAAUAAGUCCAUGCCCACAGUCACUCAGAUUCCUUUGGAAGGAAGUAACAUGCCACAGCAGCCACAGUACAAAGACGUGCCCAUCACGUACAAGGGGGCCACAGAUUCCUAUAUUGAAAAAGUGAUGAUAUCUUCCAAUGCUGAAGAUGCUUUUCUGAUAAAAAUGCUGCUGAGACAGACGCGACGUCCAGAGAUCGGAGACAAAUUCAGUAGUCGCCAUGGGCAGAAAGGUGUUUGUGGCCUCAUCGUCCCUCAGGAAGACAUGCCAUUCUGUGAUUCUGGCAUCUGCCCGGACAUCAUCAUGAACCCACACGGCUUCCCAUCGAGAAUGACGGUGGGGAAGUUAAUUGAGCUGCUGGCUGGCAAGGCCGGCGUGCUGGACGGCAGGUUCCACUACGGCACUGCCUUCGGAGGCAGCAAGGUGAAGGAUGUGUGUGAAGACCUUGUUCGUCAUGGUUAUAACUACUUGGGGAAAGACUAUGUUACAUCUGGCAUCACAGGGGAGCCCUUGGAAGCCUACAUCUACUUUGGGCCUGUGUACUACCAGAAGCUGAAACACAUGGUGCUGGACAAGAUGCACGCCCGGGCCCGGGGCCCCCGAGCCGUCCUGACCAGGCAACCCACUGAAGGUCGAUCUCGUGAUGGUGGUUUGCGUCUUGGAGAAAUGGAACGUGACUGUUUAAUAGGUUAUGGAGCCAGUAUGCUUUUACUAGAGAGACUAAUGAUUUCAAGUGAUGCCUUUGAGGUUGAUGUCUGCGGGCAGUGCGGACUUCUGGGGUAUUCUGGCUGGUGUCACUACUGCAAGUCCUCGUGCCACGUUUCUUCCCUCCGCAUCCCGUAUGCCUGCAAGCUGCUCUUCCAGGAACUUCAGUCUAUGAACAUUAUCCCCAGGUUGAAACUGUCCAAAUACAAUGAGUAAGGAUGGGACAGAAGAUUAUUUAAGGAGAACCAUUGAUAAGUCCAAUGCCUUGGGAAGCAGAAGGACAGGACUGUUUCUGCUCCUGUGAGUAAUUCCUGUGAAUGUUCUCACACAAGAAAAACUUUUUUGAUGGAAAGGCAUUUCAUAUAGAGAAGACUGACUAAACAACCUUGAUCAUUGAACCCCGGGCCUCAAGGGAGAUACCAGCUAUGUGGGCAAUUACACAGUCUCUCAUUCGUACACUGCCUUUGCUUCACAAAAUGGACAUUAUGUUUGAUGUCUUGAAAUUCACUCAUUAGAAAGACCUUCCUCCUUGAAAAGAAUGUGUGGAGUUAAAUUCUCCAUGAUGUGUUCUGGCUACGAAAACUCAAGUCUUAAUGAAAUUUGAAGGUGGUGAAGAAUCUUUGACUUGGUUGGCUCAGCCUUUGUGAAGGUGUCUGAUGUGAGCAGCGCAUGAAAUCAGAGCACGACUAAUAGAUGCCGUGGUGGCUUUGUUUGGUACUGCGCAGGGGCAGUGUUCCCAGCAAUUGCAUCUUGCCUUUGCACACCCAAACUUUAACAUGUCCAUCUUGGUGAAAUACAAUAAAUGUAUGCCUACUGUCUUACACAAGUUUACCAAGGAUGUCGUCUUUCUUAUGAACUCUAUUGCUACUAUGUUGAACCUCCAUGGUAAUACCAUGCGGUAAUAUUUGCUGAAUAGCUGGAAAUAAUUCCAUGGGUGCUUCGUGAUCUUGGUGUUCCUGUCACUCCUCCCAGGAUUGUAGCUGUCUGUUUUCUUUUAAACUGACAGCCUUCUUCACCGUCUUCUAAAUUGUUCUUAUUUGCUCUGCUCUGAAGCCAGAUCAAUAUUUGUGUUAAGGAUUUUUUAUAAAGAAGGUCUGAAAAGCUUUGACUAGCCUUUAAUGCUGCGUUCCCCACAUGUCACAUCAAACAUGUCCCACAGAAUAUCAGUAGAUAGUGUACGCCAACAAGAAUGGAGCUCCUGUGCCAAAUAGGGAGAAACAUGUACCCAAGAUAAGCACACCCAGGACAUUUUCAAAGCCUCUAUCAAAUUACCACAUCCUGGGACUCUCCAGAAGAGGGACGUUCUGGGAGUGGGCUGGUCAUUGACUUGAGAACCAACCUCCACAUCAUUUUAUUCUCUUCAAUAUAGAAAGCUCUAACACAGGUGAGACAGCCCCAGGGGCUUCACAGUAAAUGCAGCAUGAAAGACACUGCAGGUAAGCAGACCCACCACAGCUGCCCAGGUGCCCCCUUUGUCUCAGGGCUGGGCGGGGAUGACGCCACAGAGCAGCUUGAUCAGUGAUUAGGCCGGUUACGCUUCUGUUUCCCCUGACUGCGUACUUCUCAAAAUUGAGAAUGCCUAAAGAUGACUGUUCUGAGUCAGAUGUCCAGAGCAUUUUACUGAACUUUGUACAAUGUGAGACAUGAGUGUUUUACAUUCUGUGACAAGUCCUCUUGUCAACUCCACAGAAGAGGCAGUCGCCAACAGCCCAUUUCAUGAGCGCUGGGAAGAGCUGCCUAUGUGAUGCGUGUGGUGUGCUGGCCUGGGGGCUGUGUCACGUACCAUCAGUGCCCUGUGUGACACAGGGUAAAAAGAGCAGGGCUCAGCAUCUGCUGUGGGGGCUCAGAACCCAGUGGAGGGGGCUGAGGCAUUGGCCACCAUGGAAACCCACCCUGCAGUCAGUGCUGAGGGAACCCCCAGGACAAAUUGAUUCAUAGGCUCUGGGGAUUUAGAAACACAUCGUAAGCCGGACUGCUCCCCUUAUUCAGCUGUAGAAACUGAGGCUCCAAAUGGUUAAGUGACUCCCCCCAGCCACACCACUAGUGAUGAAGCCAGUAGCAUGGACCUUGAGACCAUGAAGUUGGUCCUCCCAACUUCAGAGCUCUUUUUGGGGUUCACUCCUGAGUCUGUUUUUCAGUCACCAAAAGUGAUGAUUUUUUUUUUUUUAAUUCACUGAAUGGUUCUAUUUCUUAAACAUUUUUUUUGAAAGCCACUCCAGGCAGGCAACUUUGACCAUUUUGAAAGGAGUUACCUACCUAACCUUCUAGGAAAUUCUCAGUUUUUUAAUUUACAGACCUAGAAAGUGUGGGUUCCAAAUUGAGACAUCCAUAAGGGGAAAAACUGUCAGGUUGAUGUUUCCAAAACCAGCAUUUUGAAUAGCUGUCUGACUGAGAAAAAUUUUAAUAAAAGAGAUCAGAAUUGGUAAGUUAGACCUACUAGGGGUUUGUUUUUGUUUUUAAGUUAUUUGUAAGUUCCUUGUUUUAAAAACGACCAGUUAGAUUUCCAUUUCCAGUAAUGACAGAGUAACUGUGUACAGGCCACCCUCAGAGCCUUUUUCCUUGUGGCCCCUGCCAGGUUGGAAGUGGCACAGAAAUGAGAGGCUUGGGGGCCUCCCUGGUGGCACAAGGGGUUAAGACGCAACCUAUGAAGCUAUCGGCAGCCACUGCAGCAUGAGUUCAAUCCCCGGCCAGGGAGCUACCCACAUGGCACAGCAGACCUCUCCUGACUCACUUGCUGCUCCCCUCAGCAGUGUAUUUCAGUCAAUCUGCCUGUUCUGUUCCCCACUCUGUCUCUGGUAAAUCCUCUCACCCCUCACACCUCUGGCCUAUACCCCAGGUCUUGUAUGCAUAAUAAAUAAAAAUUUUUUUUAAAUGAAAAGAGAGGCUUGAAGGAGACACCAGAGCCACCAGCAGGCUCCAACCCGAGCUUUGGCAGAGUCAGAGGGCUGGAGUGGGAAGGCCAUGAUCUCAGUCGCCAGAAUUCCAGGCCUGGAAAGGCCAAGAUCCCAAACAGAAAGAAAGCUCAUUGAGGUGAGCCUACCUUCCCCACCACUUUCUCCUGUGUCUUUAUCUGCUCCUGCUGUUGUAAUAGAAUGCCGGACUGGGUGGUUUCCACACUAGAAAUGUAUUUUCUCACAGUUCUGGGGGCUUGAUAUCCAAGGUUAAGGUACUGACAAGUUUGGUUCCUGGUGAGACCUGUGCUUCUAGCACAGACGGCCACCUUCUCAUUGCCUCACCUAGCCUUUCCUUGGUGUGCUCUAAAAAGGAAUGAGACCUGGUAUCUCCUCCCCCUAAAUGGACCCUAGCCCUCUCAGGUUAGGGAUCUUGUGACCCCAAACAAUUACUACCUUCAUGAAGACACUGUCACUGACAACAGUCACAUUGGGUGUUGGAGCUUCAACAUGUGAAUUUUGGAGGGACAUAAUUUGGUCCAUAAUAACCCCUUAAGGCAUUUGCCAACUCAUAACAGCACAGACUGGCCUGCUAACAAUAGCUAUUAAAGCUGAAUGAACAUUCCGAACUCCUAGGUGUGUGAGCAACAGAAAAUUCUACAUACAUCAUCAGUAGGUGCGCACAAAAAUUUUUCUAAUAGCAUAAUUUGCAAUAGCUCCAAUUUAUGAAUAAUUCCUGCCCAUUAACAAUGUAAUCUGGUACAUUCACACCAAAGAGUGCUAUACAGCAAUGGAAAUGAAUUGCUACAUACAGUAUCAUAAAUAAUGUCACAACUAUGGUGUUGGAUUUCAAAAAAUUGGCAUUAUCCUAAAACGAAAUAAGCCAGAAGGAGAAAGAUAAAUACCGGGCAUUUUCACUUAUAUGUGGAAUAUACAGAAACCAAGUGGAGGACUUCAGAUAAGGACAAACUUUACAAUCAACCCUGGAAAACUGACCAUAGAUCUGAAGCAUGCAGGAGUGGAGUAGAAGCGAGAGGAGGAGGGGAGAAAAAAGGGAGUGGGUAAGCACAGUGGACUGUGGUGGAGGAUUAUGGGUGUUGUGGUGAUGGGAGUGCUGUGAUGACCACACUUAAGGGGAGAAGUUCUUUGUUGUCAAAAAACGAGGAUGUAAAAUAAUGGUAGUUCAAUAAAAAAAAAGAUUUUU